AUGACAAACAUCAGAAACAGAAGCUGCAGUGUCAUUCUAACGUUCUUGCUGAUGGGUUCUCAACACAUUGUGUUGGGAAAAGUUAAUGUUGUGAUAACUAACAAGCUGGGAAAUGGGAGAACCAUGAACAUCCAUUGCCGAUCUCGCGACGAUGAUCUUGGACAUCAUUCUGUUGCAGAUGGGUCAAAAAUCUUCUGGAAAUUCUCUGUUAACUUCUGGGGAACUACACUGUUUUACUGUAAUGUGAAAUGGGAUGAUUCAAAAUGGCAUGGUUUUAUUGCUUAUUCUUAUGAAAGGGACUCUGACCGUUGUGAAAGAGAGUGCAUUUGGAAGAUUUCAGCUGAUGGGCUUUUGUACAAAUAUAAUGAAGUGACUGCAGAAUGGGAAUUCAUGCCAUUUCAAGAUGGGCAAUAA